CUGUUUAUAUUUUACACAACUUGGCAAAACGUCAAGACGCUCCCGUACUACUACUACCACCAACACCUUUGGUUUCCUUUUUGUGCAGCAGCAGAAACAGCGAAAAGUGUCGGGAAAUUGGCAGCAAAAGUGUGCGGGCGAAUCGACGGCGACCAUUUUGCAGCUACUUGGAUGCGAAGCAGGGCCUGGAAAAGUGUCCAAAAGUGCGAAGAAUGUAAACGUCAGCGGGCGCUCGCGAUGAAAAACUGUGUGCGUGCGUGAGUGCGAGUGUGCGUACAUGUGUGCCUGUGUGCGUGUGUGUGUGAGUGGAAAAGCUUUUACGCCCACCCCGUGUUUCGCCCGUCGUCCCGCGGAACCGUUCCGUAGCGGAGCAGCACCCGGAGAGCGAUGGAUGCAGCGGCGGCUGUAGCACCACCACCAGCAGCAGCAGCAGCAGCACCGCCACCACCACCACCACCGCUGCCGCUAGCCUCGGCUGCAGCAGCAGCACCACCACCACCGAACAGUGUUUACGAUGUCAUCAAUCAAAAGGAAUGCGGACUGUGUCUCACGCUCCGGGCGGAGCAGAUCUGCUUCGACAUGUUCAUGCCGCGGGAGGACGACCCGAAGGAGAUGCCGUAUCUGGUGUGGAAGCACGUCGGGCUGCAGUUUCCGCAGGAGGCAGGCAAACACUACGUCUGCCGGGACUGCGGGUACGCGGUGUACGAGUUUAACCGAUUCUACUUGAUGGUGCAGAACGUCCACCAAGAACGGCAGGCCGCAGCAGCGGCAGCAGUACUGCAACCGAAGCAAGAGCCGCCUAUGCAGGAGCAGGUACAAUACAAUGCUGAGCAGGCGGCGGCGGCGUUGGAAGGCGUCAAUCAGAACGGUCAUCAUGGAGGCGAGCAAAAGUUUGACCCGUCGCCGCUGGUGGACGGGCCCGUGCCGUUGCUGUCCGAUGUUCCGGAUUAUGGGAUGAAGCACGAAGUGAACGGAAUGCUACCAUCCGGCGGAUCCGGGGUAACGGCUGUCGGGGGCAACGGUACAGCGGCAGAGUGUCCGUCGGUGUACACGUCGCAGCACAACGAUACGGAACCGGAAAGCAGCCGAAUCCGGCCGGUCACGGGCAACACACCGAGCAGCCGGAAGCGCCGCAACCAAGAGAUGGACGAUGAGAUUAUCGACUUUUACAAGCUGGUCUGUGACGUGUGCGAGGAACGCAUCGAGUACGGCACGAUGAAGGAGCUGAACCAGCACAUGAAGCUGAUGCACGGGGAGGAGACGGGCCGGGUCAGCUGUCCGCAGUGUGGCAAAAUGUUCCGCACGCGGGGGAAGCUGCUGGAGCACAAGAGCGUGCACCAGCGGCAGGACGCCACGUCCGAGGACGACGCAGAGAAGCUGCAGUCCGAGCAGAUGGACAAGGAGAUACUGGAGUUUUACAAGCGCAUCAGCUGCGAUGUGUGCGACACGGCGGCCAGUGCUGCUGCCGGGGCCGGUCCACAGGCCAGCGCGAUGCUGUACGCGACGGUGAAGGAGCUAAACCACCACAUGCGGCUGGUGCACGGGCAGCAGGCCGGUACGGUAAAGUGUCCACUGUGUGAGAAGAAGAUCCGUACGCGCCCGAAGCUGCUCGAGCACAAGCGCAUGCACCAGCCAAACGCGCUGCUGGAGGAAGAUUCCGGCAAGUCGGGCAACCCGGGCGGCGAGCCGGGGCCCGAGCUGACCGAGGAGCAGAAGCAGACGCUAGAUAGAGAAAUAUUCGAUUUCUACAAACCCAUCAUAUGUGAGAUUUGCGAUCCGGAAAAGGUCGCUGUGGCUGUCGCGGUGGCCGGCCCCGGCGGUGACCCGGGCGGUGUUGCCGCGGGAGCGGGCCAUCCGGAAGCGGCAGCAGCAGCAACGACCCAGGAGGAGGAGUACCGGUCGCUGAAGCAGCUGAACCAGCACAUGCGGACGGUGCACGGGCUCGAGUCGGGCACGGUCAAGUGUCAGCUGUGCGCGAAAAAGUUUCGCUCGCGCGUCAAGCUGGUCGAGCAUAAGGAUAUGCACGAGAAUCCGGAACGGUUCCGGUGCGGCGUGUGCCAGGAGGUGCACCAGAACCUGGAGGAGCACAUGCAGAACAAGCACCAGGAGUGGGAGUUUGCUUGCGAGGAGUGCGGCAAGCGGUUUCCUUUCAAGAACAGACUCACUGCCCACAUGGCCAAGGUGCACAUGAAGAAGGACAUUAUCUGUGAGGAAUGUAACAAACCAUUUACAAAGUUCAGCAUCGAGAAACACAAGAAAACGGUCCACGGUCACGGUGGGACGUUCAUCUGUGAAAACUGCCCGAAAACGUUCAAGACGCGCGUCUCGCUCGAACGACACAUGGAGGGGCAUAACAACGGGGAGCAGCAGCAGCCGCCGCAGCAGCAGCAACCGCAACCGCUCCCACUGCCGCUACCGCAGCAACAACCGAGCUCUGCCGCGACCGUCAGCUGCUCCCUGUGCAACUCCGUCCUGAAGGACGAGUACAACCUGAAGGCCCACAUGAAGCGCAUCCACGCGGAGCAGACGCCGGCGACGUGCAACACGUGCGGCAAGACGUUCAAAUCGAAGCACAGUCUCAACACGCACACCGCGAACGUGUGCACGACACGGCUCUUUGGCUGCACGACCUGCGGCAAGCAGUUUAAGAAGCGGACAAAGUUGAAACAACACAUGACGAUUCACCCACGCGGCGCCGACUAAGCGGCAGAGGCAGCGGCAGAGGAGACGACGAUGAGAUGAUGCACGCGCGCGCUCCGAACGCGAUCGAAUUAACAUAAUAAUAUUAUUAUGUAGCAUAUAGUAUGUACGUUUAGGGAUUGAAAACACUACAGCAACAUUAUUAUACGCAUGUGAAGGACGGAGAGGAUUAAAGUGUGAGCUGAGGGGAGCGGGGAGGAUGCGAGGAUGCCGAAGACCUAUAUAUUGUGAAAAGGCUAAAGGCAAAUCCAACGUAACAAUGCACUAUUGAGGCGUGUUUGUAAAGCACGGGCUAUGUAGGAACAGUGCGUGCGGUACGGAAUUCGCUCCCGCCCGGCACUACGAUAAGAGGAAAAGUGAAUUAUGCUGAUAACGAUGGGGGCUCCUAAAGUGGGAAAAAAGAACAUAAAAUAAAAUAUUUUUUGUUUUAGCGGCUUAA